AUGCUCUCUCAGUAUGUUUUGAAGAAAAGACUUCAACCCGGUGAGCUGGGUUAUUAUGGUUACCAACCCGAAUUCUCUACUAUCGAGCAGCGCAAUCAAGAUGAUACACAGGUGCUGGAGGUUGUUCGUCAGCAUGCGAAUAUCCCUGUCCCUAAGCUUGUAAAUCGGGGAAGAGGAUUCAAUGCCGACGAACAAAUACCCGGGAUCACAUUAUUCGAUGGCAGUGUCUGGGACAGUCUCGCCCUACGCCAGCAAGAUGGUAUCAAACUCAAAGUGCAGGGCUAUAUCAAAGAUCUAGCAACAGUGCAGCUUCCAGAAGUCUCAGUUGUGUGA